CCCGCCUUGACGACAGCAACACCCGCCACAACGCCGAGAUUCGAUGUUCUUCUUGCCUGUUCAGCCUUUCUAGAUGGGUUCUUACACAUCUAUUGACUUUUAAAAUCGAAUUUGGCUCGUUUCGACCUCGAAAAGGGAUCAAUCGCGCUUUGUUUACACCGCCAUGGCCGCGAGUGGCACGAGGGCGCAGAAGCCUGUGGGCUCUGCUGCAUGGAUUUCGACAGAGAAGGAAAACAUGGUGCAGCUGGUGGAGCAAGAGAUGGAGGAGGCGGAAUACCCAGUGCGCCAUGAGAUGGAUUGGCUGAACGAGCACAUGGCCGAGAUCUUCUCGAAGAAUCAAUUUAACAUGACAGAUGUUUUUAAAACUCCGGGGAAGCUUCGCGGCAAAACGCCUAGGACCGCGAGGAAACGAGUGAUGGAUGAAUCGCGCGUGCCUCUGAGCGAAAUAUUUUCCGCAGCUCGCAACCAUGACGCAGAGGUCAGGCCGAGUCCGAGUCCUAUGGUUUCGCGGGCACUCGCGAAGGCAGCAAGCUCUUCAGCAACACCCAGCCCGAGCAAAAAGGAAGCACAAGCCACCACGACGCAGCCGCCUUAUCCAGAUCUCACAAAGAAUUUGAACUCCUUUCCGAAGUACAACACCGAUUCUGGCUAUCACGGCAUGCCUGAUGACGAUGAAGUCGUUCCUGCUCAGACCCCGCAGCACGAAUCGCAAACCUCAACACAGCCCCUUGAAGAUGAAUCCACACCAAUCGCGCCUCAUGUGAGCCGCUCAUCGCCAGAUCGUCGGACAACACAAGACUCCUUUCACUCUGCCCAUGAAGAUAUCCGUCAGCGUGGAGAUACAGUGGAACCAAUGAAUCUGGAUUCGGUACCCAACCAGCCCUCGUCUUUAUCACCACAGAAGAGCGAACAAAACAAGCCAGUUCAUACAGUGACGCCAGAACCUAAACAACGCACAGAGCCUGAGCCGAAGGUUCAACAGCAGAAAGCGCCGGAACCAGUAAAAGCACAACAAGUGGAGGAACCCGGUUCAGAAGAAGUGCUGGAGCCAAUGUCGGAAUCGGAGGAUGGUAUGGAUUCUGAGCCUGAACAAGUUCUGAACAAGAUCCCGUCACCAAUCAAGACCCCUGCAGUCUCAUCCAAGGAAGAAAACAAUGACAAGGAAGCAGACAUUAUGAAUGAUGAUAUGGAAUUAGACGUGGAUGAUAUAGGAUCACCUUCGGACGGUUCGACUCCAGAGCGACCAUUCAUCCGAAAGAGCAGCUUGAGUUUUGCAUCGCUUCCUGCACGAGAACCCUUGACAACAAAGAAAAGUAUCGGGGCAACUAGAAUGUCUAGAACAAGUCAUAUUGACGUCGCAAAACUGGGCAACAACGCCAACAAUAACCGCAGCAGCUACUUUGGAAAGCAUACCGGAGGUCCUCGCACGACUCAGCUUCUUUCAAGUGACAACGAUCCCGCUGCGGGGACUGAUAGAAUGGAAGCUGAUGGCAAUCUGGACGCCGCUCAACAGGAUACCGAAGCAGACAGAGCCAGCAAAAUACAUAACAAGUCAUCGACUCAACUCCUGCACGAGAAGAUAAGCAUGCUCGGGAAACUUCAACCAUCACGACCAACAAAGUCUAUUCCAGCCGUCCAGGCUCAGGGUCCGUCUGCCUCUCAGGUCUCUUACCCUGAGCUACCAGCACCCAAAGCAGAGUCAAAAUUGGAGUCUACCGCCGACAAUCCUCGCGAGACAUUGGCGCCCGAAACAAAGGAUAUCUACCAGGCACCCAAGCAUCUAGGUUUAUCCAAAAGUCAGACGACCGAUGUCAUGGAAAAGCUGUACGACAGAGCCGCCGCUACACCUGUAGAAAAGGAAUAUUCCACCCAAGAGCAGCCCCCCGUGGCUAAGCUGACUCGCAACUCCUCGACGGUCCGUACCAGAUCUUCUACACCGGUUCCGACGUCCCCUCAGCGACUCGGUCAUCAAAAGAGUGUGUCCGUCACAAAUUUGGCUUCUGAGCAAUCGACAACUCCUAAUGGCUCUCCUCGGCGUCAUGAUGGUCCCUUGAGCGCCUCCAAAACGAGACUUCAAUCGAUCAUGAAGUCAGCCAAGGGUUUGUUCACAAGCGCUGCAAGUGUUUCCGCCGCCGCGAAGCUAGAGGCUCGUCCAUCGACACCCACCAAAAUACAACCAUCUACUCGCGCUCUCUCCCAUGACGAAACAGAACAACAAGAGGAGCCUCGACCUGCCCCAGUUCCUAGUCGCUCUCCCAAACCUGAGGGCCGCCGGACUCGAAGCUCAACAGAAAGGGAAGAGCGGCGUAGACAGCAGGAGCUUGAAGAGCGUCAGCGAGAACAGGACCUUCGGGAAAGGUAUCGGGAGCAGGAAAGACAGAAAGCAGAACAAGCUAAGGCUCUGCAGCAGAAGGAAAAGGAGAAGCAAGCAGUCGAGGUGGUUGAACGUCCCGCUCCAGUUCCCGCAUUAGCCACCAUGGCAAGUCCCAAGAAACCGACACAACUCCGUAAACCAUCCUCGAAAGAGCUUGAACCAACAACCCAUGACACAACGGCACGAUCUAUUGCACCCCCUGUCAUGAGUCAACAGCCCCCGAAGCAAAACGAUCGCCGUCCUAUGAAACCAAGCCGUGAGACUCUUCAGAAGCCGAAGCCACAGCCGGUAUCGAUCCGUGUUGGCAGUGCUCUUUCCCGUAUGCCACUGCCUUCUGCCCCAAUUCCUCCCUCUGUACAGGAAGUGAACGCACCAGCGCCGACACCUGCUUCGGUAUCAAAACCGCCAACCCUCAAGAAGAAAGCCAGCAACGCGUCCUUGCAUACAGCGGCGGCUUCGUCAACAAGCAGCUUUAAAACGUCAGUCUCCAGUCAGACUCAACGAAAGGCCCAGCUUGCAAUCGAAAGGAAGCGUGAGCAGCAGGAACGGGAAGCACGAAGAAAAGAAGAGCAAAAGCGGGAACUGGAGCGCAGACGGGCAGUCCAGCAGCAAGAGGAAUCACGACGCCAGGAGCUUCGAAGCCGUGCAGAAGCUGAGCGAGUGGAGAAAGAGCGUGAGCGUUUGGCUGCUGAGGAUCCAAAGAAGGCGGCCAAGAUGCAGGCCAUUGAGAAGCGCAGACUGGAGAAUGCCCGAAGAACUGAACGCCAGGGAAGCCAACAACCCACCCUUGAAUUAGGCUCUAUUCUUCAGCAAGAAAGAACUGGUCCCCAAACCUCACAGCGAAGCGACCUUGCAGCUGCCAGACCUGCUUCUAGACUUGGCUCGAUUCAACCAUUCGGUCGGUCGAUCAAUACGCCAGCACCCAAUCCUGCCAAACCACCCAAGAGAGCACUGGACGAAGAAGCCAGCCAUCGCCCCGUCCCAACCAGGGCUAGCACCGCUUACCAAUCUAACGACUCCAAGCGCAGAAAGACCGAAGACGAGCAACCGCAAGUGCCUCCUGUACGGCCGACCAUGGCACCACCAAUCCGGCAGUCUGCCAUUCGCAAGGAAUCGGUUAAACCUCUUGGUUACAACCAUGGUCAUCCUCAGCCCUCACUGUCCCACCAAUCUGGGUCAUCGAUUUUCAAGACUGGGUCUCUGGCCAGCAAUUCUCAGCCGCAGAGGCCUGCUCAUCCGAUGGACAUGGCCAAGUACACCAGCGGCAAGAUUCCCUUCGCCGAUCCUCCCACCAACCCUGCAGGUCCUCCCGCUCACCAUGCCUCGUCUGCAGCGAGCGCAUCGAAAUCAGUCGCCAAACCCUCACCGAAAUAUCCCAACGGAGAGAAUAUCCAUCUUCCAGAGAUCCCGACUGACAGCGAAGACGAAGAGUCAGAUACGGAGAUCCUGCCUGUGCCUAAGUGGGCUCAGCCAAAGGAACUUGAUGCUAUUCUGCGCCGCCAGGAGGGCAUGGAGGUGGAUUCAAUAUUCGGGCCAAUCGCGCCAUUCUCGCUGGAGGAGACGUUCAAGGCAGACAAGAAGUUGAAGAAGUUCCGCGAGAGAACCAGUAGUGCCAACUGGUCCGGGCCAGACGGCUUGACACAGGAGGAAAUCCGACGAGACAAUGCCGAUCGACAGCGGCUGCGAAUGAACGGUGCCUGGACGUUUGAUAUGUAAGCGUUUGGGAGGCAGUUGUAUUUGACUUUCUGGAGUGACCAUAAGGUUGUGGGUUAUGUGGCGUUUAUGGAUACGAUUUUCAACAGUUAGUUCUGACUGAUGGAUGCUGAGGGUUCCGGAUUGAUACAGCUCGUGGCCUGUAUUCAAACAUUAUUUGGGGAGCUAUUUUUCGAGUGGCAGCCGUUGUAUUCUUUUUUUUUUGCAUGUUGUACUACACGACAUGGGG